AUGGCUACCUGCUCCUGGCCUCCCUCUAGAAGCCAAACCAAAAUCCAUCUGGGAGACAUGGAACCCCAACUACUGGCAGCCCCUGCUGUUGACAAGAAUGGUGUUAGAGAAGCAACCCUUGAAUGGGUCAUCUGCCUCCUCUGGGGGUCCAAGGACAAUUGGACUGCCUUGAACAAAAAUUUGGCAAGCAAGCCAAAGCCAUCAUGGAGACCUGCUCAAUUGUCAAGAGCAUCUCCCAAACUGUUGAUUGCCUUGAGGUUAGGGCUCCCCAGUCCCUCAGCCAAGUACCCUGGAGGACCAGAAAGCUCCCCCUACGGUCAAGGAAACCCCUUGACCCUGACCCAAAACCAAGCCUAUGCAAGAGGCUAA